AUGGCUGCAUUAGCGCUAGGUAUGGUCCGCAUGACGUCAUUAGGCCUGACUCGCCAGGUGCCAUCCACAUCCGCUUCCGUAAAGCUGCUUAGCGUAGCACACCGUUACACAUCCGGCAGUGGAUUAAGCAGAUACGCUAGCAGCACACUGUCGACAGCAGCAUGCUUUCACAGCCAAAAUCGAUAUUCAACGAUACAUCCGGUGAGCUCAACAACAGCAUGGUGCUCAAAUGUCCCAUUAAAUGGUGUGCUGGUACGCUCCUUCUCCAAUGGAAACACAUUGCGCCUACAGAAAGAACCCCCGAACGAACAGCAGGAAACGGACGGACCGCCGGCCCCCGCACCGGAGAAACUUGGCCUUUUUGCCCGUUUCAAGAAGAUGUACAAGGAGUACUGGUACGUGCUUGUACCGGUGCACUGUGUCACGUCGGUUAUGUGGUUCGGCGGGUUCUACUACGCCUCUACCAGUGGUGUCGAUGUGAUCGCAAUCCUUGAAUCGCUCGGUGUGUCCGAAACACUGAUCAAUCCGGUGCGAGAUUCCAGCCUGGGGCACAUAGCAAUAGCGUACCUGUUGUAUAAAAUAGCGACACCAGCACGAUACACGGUUACACUCGGUGGUACGACGGUUUCGAUCAAGUAUCUGGAACAGUGGGGCUACAUUAAACCGAUGCCUUCGAAGGCGCGGCUGGUGCAGAUGUACAAAGAUAAAAAGGAAAACAUUCAAGAGAAGAUAGCGGAAAAGAAGCAAGAUUUUAAGGACCGCAAACAGCAGCUAACAGAAAAGAAGAACAAUCUAAUGAGCGAUUUAAAAAUCAAGGAUAAGGAUAGCAAAUCUGACGCAACGACCGCGACCAGUAGCGUAACCGACAACAAAUAG